GAAACAUAUUUUAAUAUUUAUGUGUUUGUAUUUUAGGAUCUAGCAUGUCACAAAUGAAUCACUUUGAAAGAGGCGUUGGUAGAUCUAAUGAAGAAGACACUGAUAACUCAAAUGAUGGAAAUCAACCAUCCUACGCCCGUUUCACGACUCAUCAAACAUCGAUACUUGAAAAAUUCUUAGAAGAGGAUAGUCAUCCAAAUGAGGCCCAACGAAAUCAAUUAGCUAGGGAGACUGGACUUGAGCCCAUACAAGUAAAAUAUUGGUUCCAAAAUAGAAGAACUCUAAUAAAGAAUCAAAACAAGAGAGCAAGUAAUAAUGCUCUUCGUGCUGAGAAUGAUAAUCUUCUUCAAGAAAAUCUUAAAAUAAAAGAGGCAUUAAAUGGCAUAGCUUGCACAACUUGUGGGGGUCCUCCAUUUCCUUAUAAAGAGCAUGAACUUUACAUGCAAAAGAUGGGAGAACAAAACAACCGAAUUAAAGACGAGGUUGACAAAAUGUGGAUCCUUAUAACAAGGUACGCAAGGAAUGAGAUAUCAUUACAUGAGUUUGAAGAAUCUGUUGCUCAAACAAAAGCAUUUGCUAGAAACUUAGAAGUUGAAAUUCCACCAAGACAAGAAAUUGGUGGAAGUUCAAGUCAUAAUCACAAUCAUGGUAGGCUAGUGAAUGAGCCAGAACCAAUUUGUAACGUGGAAAAAUCAAUAAUAUCUCAAAUUGCAACUAUUGCAAUGAAUGAAUUAGUUAUACUUUUGCGUGUGAAAGAACCUUUUUGGAUGAAUUCUUCUAGUGUGGAAGAAGAGAAAUUAACUCUUUCUUAUGAACAUUAUGAUCAAGCUUUCCCAAAACAAAAUCACUUCAAUGGUGACAAUGUAGUUAAGGAAUCAUCAAAGUAUACAGCAAUUGUCAACAUUCCUAUCACAGAAUUGAUUGAUAUGUUUAUAGAUAAGGAGAAAUGGACAAUUAUAUUUCCAACACUUGUUUCAAAAUCUGAAAUAGUUAAAGUGUUUGAAAAUGGAUCAAUCGAAAAUCGAGAUGGAGCAUUGCAAUUGAUGCAUGAAGAAAUGCACAUUCUGUCACCUCUUGUGCAAACCCGUGAAUUUAACGUCAUUCGCUAUUGUAAGCAAGUUGAUGUUGACGUAUGGGUAAUAACUGAUGUGUCGUAUGAUUCCUCUCGAUCAACAAUCACCCCUCUUGCUCGCUCUUGGAAACAUCCAUCUGGAUGCUUGAUUAACAAGAUAUCUACAAAUUCUUGCAUGGUUACUUGGAUCGAAAACGUUGAAGUGGAUGAUAAGAUUCAUACACACAAUCUAUAUAGAAAUCUUAUUGAUACAUAUGAUUUAUACGGAGCAAAAAGUUGGGUUAAGGAGCUUCAAAGAAUGAGUGAGAAGGCUGCUACUUUCUAUGAUCCAAUUAUACAUGAUCAAGAAUCGGCAGGAGUUAUCCAAACAUCCGACGGAAGGAUGAGUGUGAUGAAGCUUGCUCAACGAAUGGUGAAGAUGUAUUUUGAAUGUUUGGCCAUGCCAAAUAAAUUGGAAUUUCAUAAUUUUAUUGAAAACAACAUUGGAGGCAUAAAAAUAGCUACCAACAAAAAUACAAACGAAGGAAAGCCUAAUGGAUUGAUUGUUCGUGCUACUGCCACACUUAUCAUUCCUCUAUCACCUAAUAAAGUUUUUGAGUUCCUAAUGGACCAUACUAAAAGAAAUCAGUGGGAUGUUCUUGCCUAUGGGAAUCCAGUGCAAGAGAUUGGACAUAUCUCUCAUGGACAUCCAACAAAUUUUAUAUCUAUUAUCAAGCCUUCGAUACCGGGUAUUGAUAACCAACUCAUGAUUCUUCAAGAAAGCUUUGUAUCACAUGUGGGAUCUUAUGUUAUCUAUGCUCCAAUAGAUUCUACAUCUUUAAAUUUUGCCAUUAAUGGUGGAAACCCAAGAGGAAUUCAUAUUCUUUCUUCUGGUUUUGGUGUGUGUUCAAGUAAAAAAGAAGAUGAGAGUUCAAAAGAUGAAUCUUUGUUGACUCUAGCUUGUCAAACUUUGGCAAGUGGUUUAGAUGGACCUAUGAUGUUGACUACACAAGCUGUAUCAGAUGUCAACAACCUUUUGACCACUACACUUGUUAAAGUCAAGGAUGCACUUAUGGGGAUUUAAAAAUUUAGAAUAGUAGUUUCUUAUUUAGAGAGUCAAUAAAUUUAUUAUAGAUAUGUAUAAUGUAUUUUGACAUGAUUGGUUUCUCUCGGAUAGAAUCGGUUUUCAUUUUAGGUUUUUGAGAAAGAUUAUGAACAUGUUUCUUGUACUCUUUUUUGAGUGCAUGGUUGAUUUAAUUUUUGGAGGAGUCAAAAUUGAUUUUAGAAGGUAUGCUAUUGUCAAGAAUUAAAACACUUU